AUGAGAAUUCAAAUUCAAAUUUUAUUGGGCGUCGCGCUGCUUUCUAACCUUGUUGGCGCCAAAUUCCAUCCGAGCUUCUACAAUUUUUUGCUGGGAAAAUUCGGCAAACCGAUUGCUGAUGAUUUGUUGCGAGCCGAUUUGGGAACACGUGGCAGUUUUGGUGGCGGAAAUCCGAAUGCGACGUGAGUUUUCCAGCGGGGGGACUAGGUUUCCAAGCACGGUUCCCAAAUUUCUAGUCCCCGCGCGCAAAAACUGGGUCAAGUGGUUUUGGUGAUGAUCAUUAAUUGAUCAACUGUGACGCGCCUUUUUUUGUGUAGUUUUGUGGCCGAGAAAAAUUGGGGGAGUGAAAGUUUCGAAAAAUCCGGAAAAAAAAAAUUUUUCAAAUUUUCAAAAAAUUCGCCUUGUUGUCAAUGGAGCGCAGUUGCAAUUUUAGAGUCCUAAAUGCUCAUAUUAGCUCAAAAAAGUCGAUUUCUGAUCAAAAAACCACCAAAAAACCAGUUUUCUGAUCAGAACACGUUCCUUUUCAUUCCCAAAUCCAAAAUUUUUACACUUUCAAAAAAAAUCCUAUUUUUUUGUGUUGCAGCGGCUUACCAAUUGUUGUAAUUCACGGCUUAGCCGGUUACGCUGGAUUAUCCAAAAAAUCGUUGCUGAAAAAAUACUAUUCCUACGGUCAGCCCAAGGGUACGGUAUUUGCCACGACGUAUGCGAAAGGAAAAUUGAUGGACUCGUUACAACACGGAAUGCAGUGCGAUUAUGUGCUCAAGGUAAUUUUUAAAAUUUGGAUUUUCUGGGAUAACAUGAGCAAUGCUUUGAAAUUCGUGAACAUUUUGAUACAAAAAUCGGGAAAUUUGGAAGCUUUGCUUUAAUAUGAGCAUUUCUUAUUUUAAUUUAUUUUCACUCUAACAUGAGCAAUGCUCCAUUUUUAAAUAUGAGCAAUCCUGAUAUUUUGAAAAGCGCUAUUUUUAAAAUAACAUGAGCAAUGUUUAUAAUUUUUUUUUGAAAAAUCGAUUUUUCCGCGUUAAAAUUGCAAAAAAUUAUAAUUUUCGCGCCACGUUAUAACUUGUUUAUUUGAUAUCCGAACAUGUUUUCCUUUUUUCUUGAUUUUUUCGCGGACGAAAAAUCACACAAACCACAAUUCUACGUCAUCAAAAAAACUUUCUAACAACAAAAAACAACCGAUUUUUUUCUUCAAAUUCCAAAAAUUGAUGAUUUUUUCACAAAAUUCUGACCAUUACACAUGAAAAAAUCGUUCCAUUGUUUGUUCUUCUACAAUUUUUUACACAAAAAAAUACGGUUUGUCCUCGAGAACUACACACAAAUGACCAUUAAUCAACGUCACCACCGUCUAUCAACACAAAAAAAUCUCGCGCAAAUAUUUUCGAUUUUUUGUUGUGUUGUGUUUUGUGUAGUUUAUGUCUGAAGUUUUUAUCUGGUCAUUUUUCAUGACAACAAAAAUAACCUUGAUCAAAGCAAAACAUCGAGAAAAAUCGGUUUGAAACACUGUGAUUUUGUAGCCUGACAAAUCAGAAAUUAUGAAAAAUGUAAACAUUCUGUGUAGUUCUCGAGGAGAAUGUAGGCUACAAAAUUGGGAUUUAAUAUGAGCAAUGCCUCAAGCUUCUAGAAAAUCUUCAAAAAAAAUAAUUUUUCAAAUUUUCAAAAACUUUGCCUUGUUGUCAAUGGAGCGCGCUUGCAAUUUUUGAGUCCAAAAUUGCCUCCAUUGCUCAUAUUAGCUCAAAAAUUUCAAUAAUGCAUUGCUCAUGUUAAAUGUAUUUGUAGUCAUAUAACAUGAGCAAUGCCUCAAGCUUCUAGAAAAUCUUCAAAAAAAAUAAUUUUUCAAAUUUUCAAAAACUUUGCCUUGUUGUCAAUGGAGCGCGCUUGCAAUUUUUGAGUCCAAAAUUGCCUCCAUUGCUCAUAUUAGCUCAAAAAUUUCAAAAAUGCAUUGCUCAUGUUAAAUGUAUUUGUAGUCAUAUAACAUGAGCAAUGCCUCAAGCUUCUAGAAAAUCUUCAAAAAAAAUAAUUUUUCAAAUUUUCAAAAACUUUGCCUUGUUGUCAAUGGAGCGCGCUUGCAAUUUUUGAGUCCAAAAUUGCCUCCAUUGCUCAUAUUAGCUCAAAAAUUUCAAAAAUGCAUUGCUCAUGUUAAAUGUAUGGGACAUUUUUUGGUCAUAUAAUAUGAGCAAUGCUAGAAGGCUUCUAGAAAAUCAAAAGUUGUGGCCAAAACCAAUGUUUUUGGUGUAUUGCUCAUAUUAUUUUUUUAAAAAUCCUAAAUUUUCCGAUUUUGGCCACAAAUCAAAUAAAGCACCUGAGCAAUCGUUAGAAAAUCAAUAAUAGUGCUCAAAAUGCUCCAAAAUUCACGGUUCUAGGCUCAAAAUCAUCAGAAAAUCUCGAAUUUUGGCUCAAAAUCCCCCAAAUUCCUUCCAGAUUCGCACAUUAAUCCUCGCCGUCCACGAAUACACCAAAAAACAAGUGAACAUUGUCGCCUGUUCAAUGGGUUCCCCGAUCACCCGAAAAGCCAUUAUUGGCGGACAUUGUGUGGAUUCCGGUGUGAAUUUGGGUCGCCCCAUCAACCAUCUCAUUCAUAAUUAUGUUUCGGUGGCUGGCGCGAAUCACGGAGCAAUUUUGUGCUCUCAAAAACCGUUCCAAACUGGUGUUUGUAGUCCGGUGCAUGGCUUGGAUUGUAGAUCGAAAUUUAUUCAGGAAAUUAAUUCGCAGUGAGUUUUUUUUCGAUGCGAAAUUCAUAAAAUUCUAAAAAUUUUCAGUAUUGCUCAGGUUAAUCCUAAAAAUUCGGGUUAACAUGAGCAAUACUGAUAUAACCAGGUUAAUUUUUUAUCGAAACAUCUAACGUGAGCAAUGCAAAGGCUCAAAAAUUUCGAUUAACCUGAGCAAUGUUCGGAAAUUUCAGAUUUUUCUGCUCCUAACAUGAGCAAUGUUCGGAAUUUCCAAAAAAAUAUUUUGCCACGUGGCUUGAAUUUUUUCCUAAAAUCUAUGGCAUUGCUCAUAUUAACCCUAGAUUUCGUAUAAAAUCCAGUUUUUUUAGGUUUAACCUGAGCAAUGAUAGAAAAUUCAAAUGUCUGAGUCUAAUAUGAGCAAUUUAUAACAUUGCUCAUGUUAGGCACAAGAUAUAUGAAAAUUUUUUAAAAAUUUUCACGUGGAAAUUUUGAACCAUUGCUCAUAUUAACCCUAGAUUUCAAUAAAAUCCAAUUUUUCAGGUUUAACCUGAGCAAUGAUAGGAAUUUUCAAUUUUUUUUCGAAUUUUAGCUCAAAAUUGUCAGAUUUUCAUGAGUUUUGGGUCCAAAUUCACCAAUUUUUUCAAAUUUUCAGACCCUUCCAAUACGGAAAAAAUAUGUUCGCCAUCUAUUCCGUUGCGGACGAAGUUGUGGGCCUCCGAAAUACAUGCGGUGAAAUGGCUUCACCAUUGGAAGGUGCGCAACCAAUUGUGAAACAACGACUUUUGCACGGCGCAGUUAUCGGACAAACUACUGAAGAUCAAUGGAGAUCACUUCAGACACCGUGA